UUAUUAUUAACGGAAAAGGUAUAACUCUGACAAUAUACUUUCCGGAAGCAUAUAAUAGACUGUAUAUAUUCCGGAAUUAUAUCCUUCCGGAAAAUUAUAACAAUUUUUUCCUUAAGAAUACUACACACAAACAAUUUCAAUUCUGAAGAGGAAAGGAUCAAGUGGCGAACAAAUGUUCAUUCCACCUUUGUUUUAGCUGUAGAACGGCUUCUACAAAUUUCUAGCACUUUAAUUGAUAGAUGGGAUUUAACAGAGACUGAGGCAUUUUUUGAAAAAAUUUUCAAAUUUUUUUAAAUUUUUUUGAAGAUGGCUAUCGAUGACUUAAGCCAUUGUUUAACUUAUUCAGAGCCUUUUCAACUCCCAAAAUUUAUUUUUGCCCUAAAACAAUUUUGGACAGAUCCAGCAUUACACAGACAAGUGUUACCUAAACUUGGACAGUUUCAUAUGCAAGAAUCUUUGCCACAUUUCUUCAACUCCAUAGACAGAAUAAGUCAAUCUAAUUAUGUCCCUACUAUUCAGGAUAUUCUUUUAUUAAGAGUUCCAACUAGUGGAAUUGUUGAGGUCCAAUUCAAUGUAAAUCGGUUUCCUUUUCGAGUAUUUGAUGUUGGAGGACAAAGAAAUGAACGUCGAAAAUGGAUUCAUUGUUUUGAUAACGUUCAAGCUAUUAUAUUUGUUGCUGCAGUUAGUGAAUUUGAUCAAACACUCGAAGAGGAUGAAAAUACAGUAAAAACCCCCUCCAAAAAUUUCAAAAUUUUUUUAAAGAAUCGCCUAAUCGAAUCCUUACAUUUAUUUAAAUCAAUUUGUAUGGCCAAAUGGUUUAUUAACACUGGGAUGAUUUUAUUUCUCAACAAAACUGAUUUAUUUGAACAAAAAAUUGCUGGGAAGAAAAGUAUAAAACAGCUAUUCCCAAGCUAUAGUGGUUGGAAAUUAAAAAUUUUAAACUCAAGACGGGAUAAAUUUUUAAAAAUUCUUUUGGUACAUUCGAUAGAGAAUAAAAUUUUCUACAAGAUAAAAAAGGAAUUGAAUCUCCAAAUAAAUUUUAAAAAUAAUUAUGGCCAAAAAACUAUCAAAAAUACCCAAAAAUGUCAGUUUUUCGACUACAACUUCUUCAUGUAUUAA